CUGGGGCUUUUCUUGUACGGAGGCCGCACACCCCGGGGGCGGGCGGGCGGGCGGCAGGGGCUGCACUGCGGCGCCUGCUCCCUUGGCCCUGCCGCCUUAAAUACCGAGCCGCUCGUCUGCGACAGGAGGGGGAGCGGGCUGGGCAGCCGGAGCCAGGGCAGCAGCGGCCAGUUGGCCCAGGACUCGCUGCCUCCCGCCCGCCCAUCUCCGGCUGCUGCCUGCCUGGGAACACGAGACGCACGUGGGGGAGAAGGCACCAGCUGGCGCCUGGGGCCGUGCUAGGGGUGUUGGGGGGCAGGGAGCUCGUGCACCCUGCCGCGGGAAGGGCAGACAAGGAGCUGAUCCCCGGCCGGGGGCUGGAGGAGAUGGGGCUGAGCCUGUGAAUUUGAGGGACGAGGGAUCCAGCCCAGCAGCUGAGGCCCCUGGACCCAUGUCUGAACAGGUAGCUGCUGUGGCUGGAGGUGUAAUAGGAGCAAUCCUUUUAUUGAUCCUUAUUGGAAUAGCAGUGUACCUGCUUUGGAAGAAGAUAUGCCUCCUACCUUCCUAUGAGGAACUCACCAAUUCAGUCACACCAACACAUCCAGAUGCCAGUCUGGAGGAUCAGACUUUAAGCCAGCAAUCUUCUGUAAUUCAACCAAAAAGCAUAAGAACUAGAAGCGUUCCGUUCAUCAUUCCACCAAAAUUUCAUGGGCGAGACUGGAUUAACCUGACAAAUGGAGAGCAGGUUCAGAAGGACAGUGACCCCUACGUGACUCCGGAGUCUGGGCCCCGGUGUUCUUUUCACUCCUUGGCUGGAGCUUAUGUCAUAGGGUCUAUCAACCCAGAGCUGUACAAGUUCCCUGAAGACAAGAGUGAGACAGACUUCCCUGAGUGCAACAUUGGCCGUCUUUGGUUCUCAGUGGAAUAUGAGCAAGAGGCUGAAAGGCUUCUCGUCUCCUUGAUAAAAGCUAGAAAACUGCAGCCUCCUACAGAUUCCUGCAGUCCCUUUGUGAAAAUUUAUCUGCUGCCUGAUGAAAGGCGUUACCUUCAGUCCAAAACCAAACGCAAAACCCUCAACCCUCAGUUUGAUGAAAAUUUUAUUUUUCAGGUUUCUAGUAAGACAUUGUAUCAACGGACUCUGAAGUUCUCAGUCUACCAUGUUGAUAAACAGAAAAAGCACCAUCUCCUAGGCCAAGUGAUUUUUCCUUUGAAAAAUGAGACAUUAACUGGUGACAGCAAACUAGUAAUUUGGAGAGAUUUGGAAGCAGAAAACUUGGAGCCUCCUUCAGAGUAUGGCGAUAUCCAGUUUUCUCUCAGCUACAAUGACUACCUGGGCCGUCUCACUGUAGUGGUGCUGAGAGCGAAGGGAUUAAAAUUCCAGGAUGAGAGAGAUACUGCCAGUGUGUAUAUCAAAGUGUCCCUAAUGAACCACAAUAAAUUCAUUAAAUGUAAAAAGACAACAGCUCUUCUGGGAUCUCCCAAUCCAGUCUAUAACGAAACCUUCAGCUUCAAGGCAGACCAGACGGAGCUGGAUACAGCAAGCCUGAGCCUCUCUGUGCUCCAGAGUGCUGAGGGAAACAAAACCCACCUGCUGGGUCGUGUAGUGGUUGGGCCUUUCAUGUACACGAGGGGCAAAGAGCUGGAACACUGGAAUGAAAUGAUCAGCAAGCCCAAGGAGUUGGUUAAACGAUGGCACGCUCUGUGCCGCAACACCUAAUUGAGCAGCAUCACUCUCUCUGAACAGCACCUGAAAGACAAAGGACUCCUUUAAAAUGUAGACACUCAUAUUUUUUCUGAAUCCAAAGACAUGCACAGAAAACUUUUCCACCAUUUAACCUCUGCAACCAGCCAAACAACUUAACAUUUAUCCUCCACUAAACAUAUAGAAAACUCAGUCUCUCCUUGGCUGAAACAGUCUUCCCUCUCCCUCCAAAAUGUUUUUCCAGUACUGUUUGAUCAACAUACAAUAGAUCACACAAAGCAGAAAGACAAACCAUGAGUGCUCUAAUCCCGUGACCAGUUAUUUGAGCUGCUAAUCUUGGCCCUUGGUCACUAAUUUCCUCAUUUGGACUUAACCCCAAACAAGCUACAAAUGGUCCUUAAGGGUACUGGGCCUGAUUCACCACUACACUACUUUCAGUUCUAGACAAGUGCAGCUUUACUGAAAUUAAUGGAGUGCCAAAGGCAUAGAAUUGGACUAACAUAAUGGGGCCAAGCAGGCCCAAAAUAUGUCCACUGAACAUAGUAAGCACAAUAAAUACUUGAAUUAUCCAGGACAAAUGUUUUAUAUUUCAAAUCUAGUGUAAAUCUGAAUCUGGUUUAUAAUGACCCAGCAGCCAUAACACAACACUAUACUUCUAUCAACAGUUUAGUUGAAUGUCUGCUAUUGACUCCAAAAUAUAACACACCUUCUGGUGACAUUGAAGACAAGGUAAAAGUAUUGAAAAUGUUGGCUAAAAUUCUGAUCACAUUACAGCUUUGUUAUUAGCUUAAACUCUGGCAGAAUGAACUGUUGUGGUGGUGGUGAUUCCUUCAUUUCUUUAUUAAGUAAAGUGGAUCAAUUAUAUUUUAAUUAGAAUAAAAGCAACUGGACAGCUGUCACUUCUUGAUGGCUCACCUAGGACUUGAACACAGUACUUUUUACAUCCUAACCUAAAUUCAUAAACCAGACCAACAAACUGCCUUCUAAUGCAGCAUUUAGUACAAUAUGUUUCAAUCAGCAUUGUAAUCUUUGCAGUUGAGAUAAAACAGGCUUCCUUUCAAACCAGAUACGGUGUUAAUUAACCUAAUAUGUUAAAAGUAGAGCUCUUUUGAGAACCAAAGCACUUUUCCUUUUGAAAACAUUGCUGCUGUCUGAAGGUGGUAGCAUGAAUUGGAAUAUGUCUGAAAUGGCAAUAGUACAGUAGGUUCAAAUCUGAUUGAGCUGCCAAGUGAAAUAUUUUGGGGGCUUCAAUCUAAUUGGGAGAAGUCAUGUGGUAUCCUCAUAUCUCAUAGUUUGUUAUGAAUAUGGUACAAGAGAGGUCCAAUAUUGGUGGAUCAGGUGAAGACAUAUUGGUGAAGACAUAUUGGACUGGUUAUGUGAAGAAACUUGUAAAAUACCUGGCCACACUAUGUAUGCCUUGAAUCAAUACUAUUAAGUCCCCAAAACUUUGAAUAGAACUGGUUUCCCACUUUUAUUCCCCAAAAGCUGUUUAAAAACAGUCUAAUAUCAAGCAAGUCUGAUUUGAUGAGGAAAACAAUAUACGACAGUGUGCUAACUGUAUUGUUAUAGUAAAAUUGUAAUGGACACUAAAAUUACUCUUUGUGCAUACCCCCUUAAGUUAGUAAAACCUAACUAAUUUGGCUGUAAAUGAAGGUGAAUAAUGUGUUUCAGUUACUUAGGUUUUACUAGAUGAUGUAUGUGUUUAUGUAGUUUAAAUUUGUAAUGUACUAUAUCUGUUAAUAUAAAUGCUGCUAGGCUCGGAAACAAAGGAUUUUUGUUUCUUUGCUUGUACUUUUCAAGUUGACAGCACAUCCAUCUCUGUCUCACUGCAUAGUAUCCUGUAUGUAAUAAAAAAACUCCAGUACAUUGCACCAA